UUCUCAAGUCUUCAGAAACUCUGGUAGCAUCUGUUUUUCAACCAGGAAGUCAGUCUCUGUAACAUCUUUAGAAAACCUUUGUGACUUCCUGGAAACGAAGAAGAAGAAGAAGAAGAAGAAGAAGAAGAAGAAGAAGAAGAAGAAGAAGAAGAAGAAGAGAGCGUUUUAGGGAAGUGUGAGCAAAAUUGUCUGUGACAUCAUUUGGCUGAAGAGUGUGACUGCGGUUGGUUAGUUUCUGGGUGACAGAGGAAGCUGCUCACCGGAUGAUAAGGAGAUAUUGCAAUACAGACACACACAUGCUGUUUUGUAAGGCUACACCCAAUCCGUGGAUAUAACCAUGCUUUUGUGGCUUAAGCUCUUGGCCUUUGGCUUGGCCCUUGUGGACGUGGGUGUUUUUGGACAAGAUCAAAGAAAACCUCCUCGUGAUCAUGGAGAAACAAGUCACUCUCCAACUGACCCUUCCUUCAUACCUCCACGCACCAUGCUAUCCUCACCUGCAAACACCCUGAAUGGAAACCCUGGCUCAAAAACAAAAGACACAAUGGUCCCUACUUACCAGACCUCUAAUUCUACUGAAAUAUCUGUUAGGAAACUGAACGCUACUUCUCCUCCUGCCACAACUGUUUCCAUCGCCAUCACAGAGCCUCUUCCAGCAAGCAACUCAUCUCUCACCACCACGCACAUGGAUUCAAACUCUUCCAGCAUUCAUCCAUUCACCAGCACUCCACUCUCUCCCUCCACCGACAUGCAUGCACCAUCAGAUUAUCCGAAUAAUUCUUCCAUGCAUGACAACACCUCAGCAUCUACUGCCACUCCAGCAAACAUCUCUCAAGUUUCUGCAAGCACCACCUCUGGUACAAUAGUACCUCCUUCUAGCAGUAGCUGCAGUAUUAUGGUGGAAAAAUAUGUGGAUGCUGGCAGCAAUGUUAGUGCAAAACUUAAUAUUAAUGGAGCAUCAAAUACAGACAAUGUUACCUGCUACUCAGAUGCAAUGGAGGAUCUCAAAUGUAUUUGGAAUAAAAGCACAAACGAAUUUACUGGACUUCAGGAAUGUGAAAGAUACACAAUUAAAGCUAGCUGCAGUAAACCAGAGUCAAUUCAUGUCCCACCUGUUAAAUGGAGUUUGACCAAAAAGGAUGAAAUGGAUACCAGUGUGACUUUAGUCUGGGAAAUAAAUCCUAAAUGCAAUUUAAAUUUUUCCUAUUGUUGUCAACUUGAUGAUGGUAAAACUUAUUGUAAAGAAUACUCUGGACGAAAUGCAACAAUUUUUAAUUUAGAUCCUAAUACGAAGUACAUUUGUACAUCACAAAUAUAUUUCAAUAGUACAGUCUUGGAUAACACAAAGACAGACAUCGAAGUACAAACAGAUUUUGGACAGCCAGAUAAGCCUAAAAUCAUUAGUAUAAACGAAACUGCACAUAAUAUAUUAAUUUAUUGGGAGAAGCUAACAAAUGAAAGCAAUAAACCAGUUGAUGGUUACAUGGUCCAAAAAUGUCAUGCGGAUUCUCUUUCCUGUGAGCCUGCUGUUGAAUUAAAAGCUUCAGAAACCUAUUGUAACUUGACUGGCCUGAAACCCUUCACAAAUUACAACGUCCAAAUAUGGGCAUACAAAAAUUCAAGGAACAAAAACCCAAGAUUCGAGGGGGAAAAAUCUACUAAAACGAUUAAGACUUCUUCAUCAAAACCGUCAUGUGUGAAUAAUCUUAAAGUCAUCUUGGUAGAAGACAAUGCUGUAAAAAUAACCUGCUCAGAUCCAGUGGACUUAAAUGGUCCUAAGAAAAAGUUUAACUUGUCCUGGGGGAAUAGCCAUGAAAUUAGCGACUCAUGUGAAUUUCUUAUAAAAAAUCUUAAUCAUUUGACAUCAUAUACUUUCACAGUUACCUUUUCCAAUGGAGAUUAUUCUUCUGAUGCUUCAUCGGAAACAGUGAACACCAAGUAUAAUGCUAAAGCCCUGAUUGGAUUUUUGGCAUUCCUCAUUAUUGUGACAUCUUUGGCUUUACUCAUUGUUCUGUACAGGAUCUACACCCUUAACAGACAAAAAUCCAGAAAUUCAGAUGAAGCAGUGGUGCUUGUUCCCAGAGAUGAUGAAAGGCAGCUGAUGAGCAUAGAACCAAUUCCUGCAGAAUUGUUGUGGGAAACAUAUAAGAGAAAUAUAGCAGAUGAAGGAAGACUUUUCCUGGAAGAAUUUCAGAGUAUUCCCAGAGUCUUCAGCAAAUUUACAAUAAAAGAUGCACGUAAAUCUUACAACCAGAACAAAAAUCGUUACGUUGAUAUCCUCCCUUAUGACUACAACCGUGUGGAGCUUUCAGCAAUACCCAGUGACCCAGGAUCUGACUACAUAAAUGCAAGCCAUAUUGAUGGUUUCAAAGAACCAAGGAAGUACAUUGCUGCACAAGGACCCAAGGAUGAGACAACAGAUGAUUUCUGGAGAAUGAUUUGGGAGCAAAAGGCAACCAUUGUUGUUAUGGUGACUCGCUGCGAGGAAGGAAACAGGAUCAAGUGUGCCAAAUACUGGCCAUCCAUGGAGGAGGAGAGUGCAACUUAUGGAGAUAUCCUUGUGAAGAUAAAUGAUUGCAAAAUAUGUCCCGAUUACAACAUUCAGAAGCUCCAUAUCACAAAUAGAAGAGAAAAGACAACUGGAAGAGAUGUGACCCACAUUCAGUUCACAAGUUGGCCAGACCAUGGAGUGCCUGAUGAGGCCCAUCUCCUUCUCAAGCUACGCCGCAGAGUUAACGCAUUAAGCAACUUUUUCAGUGGCCCAAUCGUGGUUCAUUGCAGUGCUGGUGUUGGGCGCACAGGAACCUACAUUGGAAUUGAUGCAAUGCUGGAGGGUCUGGAAUCUGAAGGAAGAGUAGAUGUUUAUGGCUACGUUGUAAAGCUACGGCGUCAGCGAUGCCUCAUGGUUCAAGUAGAGGCCCAGUACAUCUUGAUCCAUCAAGCAUUGGUUGAAUACGUCCAAUAUGGUGAAACAGAGGUCAGUAUCGCAGAACUGCACAACUACCUUAAUCAGCUGAAGAAAGCAGAUCUCCCAAGUGAUCCAUCUCUACUGGAAGCUGAAUUCCAGAGGCUGCCUUCAUACAAAAACUGGCAGAGCCAGAGAACUGGCAAGAAAGAUGAAAACAAAAGUAAAAAUCGAAGUUCAACAGUUAUUCCAUAUGAUUACAACAGAGUGCUAUUCAAACAGGAAGAGGAGGGAAGCAGAGAAAGUGAACAUGAAGGCAGUGAAUCCUCUGAUGAUGAAAGUGACUGUGAUGAGGAACCCAACAAAUAUAUCAAUGCUUCUUUCAUAAGCGGCUACUGGCUUCAAAAUGGAAUGAUAGCAACACAAGGGCCACUCCCAGAAACCAUUGGUGACUUCUGGAAUAUGGUUUAUCAAAGAAAAGUGAAAGUGAUUGUCAUGUUAACAGAGCUGAGAGACAAUACUCAAGAACUCUGUGAACAGUACUGGGGAAAUGGACAAGUAACAUAUGGCAGCAUCACAGUAGAUCUGAAAGAUGUUGAUUCUUAUUCCAGUUACACCAUGCGUACCUUUGAUGUAACUCAUGUGAAGAGAAAAGAACCACGAAAGGUAUAUCAGUAUCAAUAUCAUAAGUGGAAGGCCUCUGAUCUCCCUGAAAGCCCCAAAGAUCUGGUCACCAUAAUCCAGAAUCUCAAGCAAAAGCUACCAGCACCAGAUAAAAUAUCUGAAGCACAUGCACAUAGCAAGAAUGCUCAAGUUGUUAUCCAUUGCCGUGAUGGUUCCCAGCAAACAGGAGUAUUUUGUGCCUUGAUGAACCUCUUGGAAAGUGCUGAGACUGAAGGUGCAAUAGAUGUUUUCCAAGUUGUGAAAGCUCUUCGUAAAGCAAGGCCAGGAAUGAUACCUUCCUUUGAAGAUUACCAGUUUCUCUAUGAUACUAUUGCUAGCAUCUAUCCAGCCCAGAAUGGACAAGCACAAAAGGCCCAGUGCCAGGAACACAAGAUUGAUAUUCACAACACGGUGAAGAAAGAAGAUGAGGCUAAUUCUGUUGCAAUUGACGUCUGCCCCUCAGUUCAAGAAAGUGGGGAUGGUUUGGAAAUGGAGGAAGCUUCCAAAGCCAAGAAUGGCUCUAGGGAAGCAGAAAGUUCUUUGAAUGGACCCAUGACUCAGGCUUUAACUGAACUAGCUUAGAAUCCAUUGGAACCCUGUCAGCUAAAGAUAUCUGUACACUGUGAAUUUUAUGUGGCAGUUCAUGUGUAGGUUUGCCAUUUUAAUUGUUCAGUAUAAUUUGUAAUUUUCUAAUAUUUUUAAAUGUAUAGAGCUGGGGUUUUUCUUUUAAAAGGGGCUUUUUUGUUAUGUUUCAUAUUUUCAACAAGGAAGGAAACAACUAAUCAGUUGAUUAGAUGCAUACCAUUGGUUAUAUACAAUCAUAAGCAUGAAUUUUCAAAUAGGUAUCCAAAACACAACACAAAUAUAGGGAAUCCCAAUGUUACAAACAAGACAGGUUCUGUAGGUUUGUUCUUACACACACACACACACACACACACACACACACACACACUUUGGACAGCAUAGAGAAGUGUUAACACCCCCGCUCUAUGCCCCUGUUCAGAUUUCACCUCACUUUCUUUCCCUGUCAUAACUGGAUUUUGAAAAAAAUGGUUUGUUAUGGAAUCAAAGAUUGGUGAGAAAGCUUCAAUUGAGACACCUUUUCCCCCAUGAUAACUCUUUCAGGAAUUAAUUUUUCUCAUUCCCAUUUCCAUUUUUCUCACCCCAUUCCAUUUUUCCACCCGGGGAGAGUGCGGAUGAGCUCCCUCUACCAGCUCCAGCUCCAUGCGGGGAAAUGAGAGAAGCCUCCCACAAGGAUGGUAAAAACAUCAAAACACCCGGGUGUCCCCUGGGCAAUGUCCUUGCAGACAGCCAAUUCUCUUACUCCAGAAGCGACUCAAGUUGCUCCUGACAUGAAAAAACCUCGUUCUUAACUACGAGUCAUUUGUAUGGACCUUAUCAUAAAGGCUCAUGAAUUCACCCCUCAUCAGGGCAAAUCCAUGGGCUCCUGACAUGGGGCAUGGAGAAGCCACUGCUCCACACCCUGCAUUGGCCACCUUACCUUCUCCCUCAACCCAUGGGAGAAAGUGUCACUGUUCGGCUUUCCCCCGUUGAAGAAAAGGCAACACGAGAAGGCUCCUGUGUUGCUGAGGUGGUGAGCACCGCUUCACCUCGCUUUUCGGCAUGAAGCCUGGCUGGAAAUUGCUUUACGACAUGUGAAGGUCUCCAUGCCAUAAAGGGAGGUGAAAUAGCAUACAACAGGCAAAUCGGCCCAUCUGAUGAGAUUGUAAAUUGCAUGUUUGUAACACAGAGACUGCCUAUAGUAACCAAGCAAUGAUAGGAAAGGAAUAUUUUUCUACAAUGACAAUUCAACAGUCUACAUGUCUAAAUUUAAUUGUAAAAUUGGGUUCUGGUAGGUCUGGUAAUCAAAAGGAGAGAGGAAAUCAACAACUGCUUUGGCCAUGUUAAAGCCCAGAUUCUUUGGAUCACAAUCACAGUGAUAAAAAAUGUUAAUUUAAUGCUGUUGGUCUAAUGGGAGAUAAUGAGCUGAUCCAUUAGCUUCCAUGAGAACACAAAUGGGAAGCUUGCAAAGAACAUCAUGUCCACCGAUGACAGGACAUUCCUUGAUGAUGAUUAUCAGCCUAUGAUCCGGCAGGACCUUGGAAGUUUGAAAACAUGGCGGAUCAUAACAAAUUUUACCGCCAUGAGAAAACUUUCUUUAAAUGAUGGCAGAUACAGACAACGUGUGAACUGGAACAGCACCAACCAUGGUACUGAAAUUGAGUAAUACACAUUUGCAAAUACAGUAGAGUCUCACUUAUCCAAGCUAAAUGGGCCGGCAGAAUGUUGGAUAAGCAAAUAUCUUGGAUAAUAAGGAGGGAUUAAGGAAAAGCCUAUUAAACAUCAAAUUAGGGUAUGAUUUUACAAAUUAAGCACCAAAACAUCAUGUUAUGCAACAAAUUUGACAGAAAAAGUAGUUCAAUACGCAGUAAUGUUAUGUUGUAAUCACUGUAUUUACGAAUUUAGCACCAAAAUAUCACGAUAUAUUGAAAACAUUGACUACCAAAAUGGCUUGGAUAAUCCAGAGACUUGGAUAAACGAGGCUUGGAUAAGUGAGACUCUACUGUACCAAGAUCCUGAUAAAAAAAAUUUACAGUGUGUAAGUCAAAAACUGACCUCUGGGUGUCACUAUCUUCACAGAAAUUUCAUUUGUCUGUUCUCUUGAGUCUCUAGUAAAUUUGAUAAGUUAUGAAGAGGGAAUGUUUUGAAAACUGCAGAAGAAACAUUAUCCAGCUAACAUGUUAACAUUCGCACAGUUGGGUUUUCCUGUUUUCUCUGGCUUGAAUAGAACUUUCCAUAGAAAAUGUUUUCCUCUCUUCUUCUGUUCUUGUAUAUGCUCCUCAAUGUGAACUGUUGCAUGUUGCAGGCAUUCUCUAUGAAGUUUUCUAUAUUAUAUUUCUGACCAUUGCCAUUUUGAAAUAAAAAUAAUGUGUGAGCUAAGAAAAAAGCAACAAAAAAUAUUUUGAGGCAAGUAUAUUUAUACUUUGAUGAUGAUGAUGGAUUGCUUGUAGCACCAUCACUGUACAUAAAACAUUACAAGUGUAUAAACAAGAUUGCUCUUGGGCCUACAAUCGAAUUCAGACAUGACACAAAAGGGGAAUGGAAUGGAGGUUGGUUGAGAGGGGGAUUGAGUUCAGCAGAUACUACUGUUCUCUUUUGCCAGGGCAGUGGCAGUUCGGAUGGUGGAAUGGACUUUCUCUUAUUCUGGGCCCAGGGAUGAUGAGGUUGUGUCUGUCUGUUCUUCCCAUCCUGCGAGGUUGGAGCAAUACCAAUCAGGAUGGUAAAAGGGAUUUUCCUCUGCUUCCUGGGCCUAGAUAUGAUGGAGCUAUACCCGCCUUUUCUUCUUUCCCUCUGGGCAGUGGCAGUUGC